UAUUGCCCUUGCAAGAUGGAAGGCGGUUUCUCUCCAGUGGAAUCGUUGGCUGGCUCGCCGGCUCCGGAGAUUCCCAUGCUCACCGUCUCCCCAGCGGACACUUCCUUGAACGAUCCCACCGUCAAGGCCGAAACCAAAUCAGAGGACAAGAAGCCUGCGAAGAAGAGAAAGUCAUGGGGCCAGGAGUUGCCAGUCCCUAAGACCAACCUUCCUCCAAGGAAACGGGCCAAGACGGAGGACGAAAAGGAGCAGCGCCGCAUCGAGCGUGUUCUUCGGAAUCGUGCUGCCGCACAAACCUCUCGCGAGCGCAAGCGCCUCGAGAUGGAGAAACUAGAAAACGAGAAAAUCCAGAUGGAGCAACAGAACCAGUUCCUUCUCCAGCGCUUGACCCAGAUGGAAGCCGAAAACAACCGCUUGAACCAACAAGUCGCUCAACUAUCCGCCGAGGUCAGGGGUUCCCGAGGCAACACUCCCAAGCCCGGCUCCCCUGCUUCGGCCUCUCCCACCCUUACGCCGACCCUGUUCAAGCAGGAGCGCGAUGAACUCCCCCUCGACCGCAUUCCCUUCCCGACCUCUCCUCUCACCGACUACUCCCCCACCCUCCGGCCUUCCACUCUGGCUGAGGCCUCCGACUUGACACAACAUCCUGCAGCGGUGUUGUGCGACCUGCAGUGUCAGUCGCUGGCCUCGAAGGAGAUGGAAGCGCCCUCUCGCUGUUUGAGCUCGGCUCAAACGUGGAGCCUCACGCUGCAGAUGACCUUGCAGCUCCUCUUUCUGACGACGACUUCAACCGCCUAUUCAGCGGUGAUUCACCCGCUGGGUCGGAUUCUUCAGUCCUUGAAGACGGGUUCGCGUUUGACCUUCUCGACGGAGGAGAUCUAUCAGCAUUUCCAUUUGAUUCUAUGGUUAAUUUCGACCCCGACUCUGUCAACUUCGACGGCAUCGACCCGCCCCACGGUCUUCCGGACGAAGCUUCUUGCCAGACUUCUAGCGUGCAACCCAGCCUUGGCGCGUCCACUACGCGAUGCGACGGGCAGGGCAUUGCAGCUGGCUGCUAAUCAGAAGUUCUCUCCCCAAGACCGACCCGCUGGCGGUGUCGGCGAAGCUCGAUGGAGCUGGGAGUCUUUAUUAACCCUAGCUUGGACGAUAGAUCUACUCGAAAAGCCGGGACGACGCAAACGAAUCUUGAAGGGUUUGAAAUCCGCGCAGCAUGGACGGCGC